AUGUGCAUUAAAAGCCCAUUUGAGGGAGGUGGGCCCAUCGAGGAUUGGGGUUGGGGAUCCCAGAUGGAAGAUAAUCAUCCCCAAUCCCCAAAUAAGAUUGCUAUGAAAAAAUACACACAAAAGGGAAAAUUGGGGAUCAGACCUCCCCCAUCCCCGAAAGGGGAAAAGGGAGAGGGGGGGGAAAUAAUGUAUCAUAAAGAGAACCAGAGCUCUGGCAGUGGGGAUAAUAUUCCUACUGGGCUUCAUAAAAUCAGUACUAAUGUUUGUACUGAUGAUAGUGUACCUCCAGUAAAAGCCCAGAGCCUUGAGGAACUUCAUAUGCUACAACAAAAGAAGAAAUCUGCUCCAACUACACCCAAAAUGAAUUCAGCUCAACAAAUGUCUGAAGAAGAUAAGAUGCGACAGCAGUUGAUGUCAAUAAGUGCUUCUCUUGCAUCCCUGACGAGGGAAAAGGGGCCCCAAAUGAUUCAUGGAGAUCCAGAAACGGCAAAGGCAAGAGGGCAGCCUCUCAAGUCCUUAAUUUCUCCCAGACCCACCAUUAGUGACAGUUCUCUGAAGCUCACCCAUGUUCUCUAUAAUCUUUCUCCUCCAGAACUUUAUGAGCCGGCUAUAAAGUAUGAGAAAGGGUCCUUCAUCACUUGUACUGGUGCUCUAGCUACCAUGUCUGGUGCAAAAACAGGCAGAUCACCAAAAGACAAAAGGGUUGUGAGGGAAGAGACAUCUGAGCAGGAUCUAUGGUGGGGAAGUGGAUCUCCAAACAUUGAGAUGGAUGAACAAACAUUUUUGGUCAACAGAGAGAGAGCUGUUGAUUAUCUGAAUUCAUUGGACAAGGUGUUUGUGAAUGAUCAAUUCCUCAACUGGGAUCCAGAGCACAGGUUAAAAGUGAGGAUUAUCUCUGCAAGAGCCUAUCAUUCCCUCUUCAUGCAUAACAUGUGUAUCCGACCAACACCAGAAGAACUGGAGAACUUUGGUGUACCAGAUUUUACCAUCUACAAUGCAGGCCAAUUCCCAUGCAACCGAUACACACAUUACAUGACCUCAUCCACAAGCAUAGAUCUCAACUUGAAACGCAGAGAAAUGGUGAUCCUUGGCACUCAAUAUGCUGGGGAGAUGAAGAAGGGCCUCUUCUCAGUCAUGCACUACCUCAUGCCAAAGAGAGGGAUACUCUCAUUGCACUCUGGAUGUAAUAUGGGCAAGGAAGGAGAUGUUACACUUUUCUUUGGAUUGUCAGGAACUGGAAAGACAACUCUUUCCACAGACCAUCAGAGGGAACUGAUAGGAGAUGAUGAGCAUUGUUGGAGUGAUAAUGGUGUGUCUAAUAUUGAAGGAGGCUGCUAUGCAAAAUGCAUUGACCUGUCAGAGGAGAAGGAGCCUGAUAUUUGGAAUGCCAUUAAGUUUGGAACAGUGCUGGAGAACGUUGUAUUUGAAGAACAUACAAGGGAAGUGGACUACUCUGAUAAAUCUGUCACUGAGAACACAAGAGCAUCCUAUCCCAUUGAAUUUAUACCAAAUGCAAAGAUUCCUUGUGUUGGGCCUCAUCCAAAGAACAUUGUGCUGCUAGCUUGCGAUGCAUUUGGAGUCUUACCACCUGUGAGCAAGCUGACACUUGCACAAACAAUGUAUCAUUUUAUUAGUGGAUACACUGCUCUGGUUGCAGGGACAGAGGAAGGAAUAAAGGAGCCCAAAGCCACAUUCUCAGCUUGCUUUGGAGCAGCAUUUAUCAUGUUACAUCCCACAAAGUACGCUGCAAUGCUUGCUGAGAAAAUGCAGCAGCAUGGCACUACAGCCUGGUUGGUCAACACUGGCUGGUCUGGUGGCAGCUAUGGUGUGGGCAAGAGAAUAAAGCUUUCCUACACCAGGAGCAUAAUCGAUGCCAUUCACAAUGGGUCCUUGUUAAAGGCCAAUUACAACCAGACAUCCAUAUUUGGCCUCAAUAUUCCAGAUCAGGUUGAAGGUGUACCUGCUGAGAUCCUUCGUCCUGAGAACAUGUGGACAGAGAAAAAUGCAUACAUGGAGACAUUGGUGAAGCUCGCUGGGUUAUUCAAGAAUAACUUCUUAAAAUUUCUGGAUUGCAGUGUGGGGAAUGAUACUCAGCUCACUCAACAAAUCCUGGCUGCUGGUCCACAAUAA